AUGAAAGAAGAAAAAACAAUGUUAAAGAUUAUAACUCUUGGAGACAGUAAUGUUGGUAAAACAUCUCUCUUUUAUCAUUAUGUUAAUGGAGAAUAUCGAUAUAAUAGGCCACCCUCAAUUGGACCUGACUAUUUUAUAAAGGAAUUAAAGGUUGAAAAUAAACAUGUGUUUUUAAUGGUUUGGGAUACCUGUGGUCAAGAACGUUUUCAAGCAUUUAGUCCACCUUAUUUUCGUGGUGCAAAUUGUUAUACACUUUGUUUUGAUAUUCACAAUGAAGAAUCAUUUAUUAAUCUUGGAAAGUGGAUGGAUGAAAUUAUAAAGUACUGCUAUGGAAAUAUUCCAUUUGUUUUAGUAGGUACAAAAAGUGAUAUUCCUAGAACUGAUAAAUCAAUAUCAAAGGCAAGAAUUGAACAAUGGUGUAAAAAUAUUGAAGAUCAAGGAAUUAUAGAUAAAGUUCAUUAUUUUGAAACAUCUGCAAAACUUUCUCAAAAUGUUACAGAAUUAUAUAAUGUUGCUGCAAAACUAGCUUUGGAACAUUAUAGUAUAGUUAAAUAUAUCUCAAUUAUUCGUCCAAUUGGUCCGCCGGAAGAAGUCAAAGUUGGAACAUGUUGUUAA